UUGUUUUUCCCAGCAGCAGUAGUCUGCAGACGUUUUAUAGGAUGUGAAGCAUUAUUCUCUCUCUAACAGAUACAUUUCCUGACAGUAUGGCUCAACCAGCCGAAAAAGCCUAUUACCGCUUCAUGGUCCUCUUCUUUAACUGCCUGCUGACAUUUGGAUCUUACUUCUGCUUUGACAUCCCCAGUGUCUUACAGGAUCAAUUUCAAGGGAACCUCACGUGUCCCAAUGUAACACUGAUCAAUGGGACUGUGGACUGUGUGGAGGGCCUGGGGAUGAGUCCUCAGCAGUACAACCUGCUCUACGCCAUAUAUGCUUGGACAAAUGCAGUCGUGGUGAUUAUGGCAGGGUUCCUGAUUGACAAAUUAGGAAAUCGAUUCGGGGUGUUUCUCUUCUCUUUUCUCUGUGUUCUGGGCUCAUCUCUGUUUGCCCUCGGUUCCCACUUCAGAGGAACUCCCUACCUCCUUCCACUCAUGCUUACAGGACGUUUAUUAUUUGGUUCAGGCAAUGGAUCUUUGACCAUUGUACAGAACCGCAUCACAGCGUUCUGGUUCAAAGGGAAGGAGCUGGCUCUGGCUUUCGGUUUGACUCUGGCCUUUUCCCGUCUGGGUUCGGUUCUAAAUUUCUUCCUCACACAGAAAUUUGAAGAAAAAUAUGGCAUGCAGUGGACACUCUGGGGUGGAGCGCUGCUGUGCGUUCUUGGCUUUGUUUCUGCGAUUAUAGUGAGCGCCCUGGACAAGGUCGGAAUGAAACAGCUUGGCCUGGAUGGAGCCAUCAGAGAGGAGUCCCGCAAAGUGAGGGUCCAGGAUGUGAAGCUGUUGUCUCUCAGAUACUGGCUGCUGGUCCUCACCAUCAUGUUCUUCUAUAAUGGCAUUUUCCCAUUCAUUGCAGACGCCAGCAAGUUCAUUCAGGAUAAAUACAGCGACUACAGUCAGAAGGAGGCGGCCUACAUUGCGGGGGCGGUGUACGACAGCUCACUGGUUCUCUCAGCCAGCGUGGGCAUUCUCAUCGACUAUGUGGGACUUCGAGGGGUUUUUGCCGUGGCCUGCGCCAUCUUCACGCUGCCCGUCUUUGGACUCCUGGCGUUCACCUUUGUCCCUCCUCUGGUCUCUACUAUAUGGCUGGGAGUCACCUACUCCUUUGCUGCUGCCAGCAUGUGGCCUUCCAUCCCCCUGGUGGUGCCUCAGGCCACACUGGGAACAGCCAUGGGCCUGGCCACCUCCAUACAGAUGGUGGGGAUCGGGGUCUCCAAUCUGAUUGUCGGACAGAUUUUGGGCACAAAAUCAAGUGAAGCUAAGAUCCCACUCUGGCGCUGGCAGAGGAUGAUGAUCUUCAUGUUGGCCAACACCAUCUGCUGCAUCGUGACGUCUGUGCUGCUCAACUUCGUUGACCACAGACAGGGUGGCACUCUGAACAAGACAACCAAGAGAUCAGGGCAGACAGAGGGAGACUCGGAGCGAGAACCGCUCACCCGCGGUCAGGAGGAGGAAGAGCAACGCGAGGCUGAUGGCUCCAAUGUCACACCUCAUUCCAUCAAUUCAUGAGGUCUUUUGCCAAACCGUGUCUCAAAAUGAAAGACUGCAAGCUGCUGUUUCCCAGAUCACAGUUUCUAAGACAAACUACUUCUUUAUUUGGACCUUUUUGCUGCAACACCAGUUUAUAGAAAUGGAAAGGCUCUGGAAGAGCAGGUUGCAUUUUUCCACCUGUUUCAUAAAUUGAUUUUUAAAAUCAAAAGUGCAAUUUUAUCAGAAAAACAUUGAGACUUUUUUAACUUAAAUUUUUUAGGUGUUAUUUUGGACAGAAAGGGAUGCAGUUACUGGACUGGAAGAUCUUAUAGUUAUGUUUUUAUUUUGGUUAAAAUGAGAGGAAAGCAUUAAUAUUGUGGGGAUUAAACAGUUAAUCUAAAUUGUCCCUCCAGGCAAUGUUUUUACUAUUUUAACUCUUUUUUUAUACAGAUUCCACCUUAGUUCCCCUUUUUCAGGUGUUUUUAUUUGUAACAAGCUCAAUUAUCUGCAACUUGGCCACUAGGUGGCUCAAUUUCUUCAAAAACAUCAUUAAAUGUAAUCUUAAUUUGCAUUUUUUAAAUCUACAUCACAUCACUAAAGUUUUUUUAACUAAUGGACAAAUGUAAUAAUGCAAAUACUGCCAUCAUGCAUUAAAUCAGCAUGAAUUUAUAAUUUUAGGCAUUCUGAAUUUUCUCUUCAUCAAUGACCUUAAACUCAAAUCCUUAAAGAAUCUUUUUCCUGCAUUUUUAGAUGUUCCCCUGAAACUUCAGACAUGAAUCAAAUGGCUAAACUACCUCAUUAGCAUCAGCCAAGCUCCGCUAUUAAAUCAGGGGUUGAUGAAGCAGAAUCAUAUGUAAAGGUUGCAGGAGUUUGAAACCAUUGCACUAAAUAUUUAGAGGAUUGUUUUCAUUUCAUUAAUGCUAAUCUUUAUCAGUGGGAUUAGCAGAAUCUGUGAGUUUCCACUAAAAACCAGGAAGAUGAUUUCAAGUACCUUUGAAACUGAAUGCUAAGGGAGAAAAUGGUGAACUAUACUGAAGCAUCUCUCACAUCAACAUGCUCUAUGAGGUCCGUAGACCACCCACUGACCACACCCUGUGAUCCUAAACAGACGGAAGCCAAACUUCUCCUAAUUCUUGUGGAUUUUUUCUCUAAAACGUCUCUUCAGAUGUGAGCAUGGGUUGAUAGGAUCAACUUUAUAAGUAUUAGGCAGAAUCCCACUGAUGGAGCCAUUAAGGUACCAUUAGUCACUGACCCAGCCUAUGACGCAUCAUUCACCAUAUUAAGGCCUGUAAAUGUUCCACAGGAACAGAAACAUCUUUUUUAAAGACUAGAAGGUCAUUUUUGAGCAGAGUAUUUCAUACUUCACCGUGGAUCGAUUAGCGCAGUUGUCUGCAGGAGUCUUUGUAACCUCUGCAGUGGUUUUAAUAGUGGCUUGAAAUGAUAUAAAGUAACUAAUGCAAUAUGAUAACAAACAGCAGUCUCCUUUAAAGAUAAUUUGAUUGCAUUUUCUCCACAAAAUGACAUUAAAAGAACCAGAAACAUGUUAUUGGAUCUGCUUUUCUUGUCAUUUGCUUGGAGAUUUUGGAUUUUUUUCUGUUUUUUUCUUUAUUU